AUGGAAAUCGUUAAACAAAAGUAUCGUGGAAACAAAGACGCAGUUUAUUUGUUAAAAAUAUUGGAAAGAUUCGUUCGGAAUUAUUGGGUUGGUGGAUACAGCAAUCCUGGAAAAUCCUGUUUGGACAUUCUUCAGCGGACAAAAACAGUAUCAUUGGGAAAUGGAGAAUACUGGAUUAAUUUGGACAAUAAACUACUAAAAGUAUACUGUGACAUGAAAGCUGAUGGAGGUGGCUGGACAUUGGUUACUAACCUCGUUCUAAAGAAUUCGAGAGGAAUGGAUUGGUCUCUACAGAAUGAUUAUCGUCAAAUUAGUGAAUACGAAAACCAAAAGCUUGCUCUUUCAACAUAUGCUCUUCGUGACUUGGGAUCGAAAAUGUCGUUCAAUCAACUCAGAUUUUUUUGUCGAAAAAAGAUUCCAGGACGAAUCUUUGAUAUCGCCACUAAUAAAUCCAACAGUCUUGGUCAAGAAGUUAUUAAGUAUUUUACCGCUCAGACAAACACCUUUCCUAAGAGCUGUGGAUCGUAUUAUCGUUUACCUGAUGACAAUUCAACUCUAGCCAGUCAGUGUUCCCGAUGGGGUUAUUAUCAAUCAAAGUAUUUUGUUGGUCUAUGGCAUCAUGCUGGUGGGACCAUCAAAAAUCGCUUAUUUAAUCACGCGGCAUUUAUUGGAGGUAAAGUUCAUUGGCUAGUUCAGCAAGCAAAUGGCCGUUGGGAAUGCGAUGAUUUCAUAUCAUCCUCAGGAUACGCAAAAUCACCAAACGAUUUUUGGAAAAUUUUCGUUCGUUAAUUGUUGGUUUAUCGUGCUAUUUAUAGAACGACGUAAAACACAAUA